UUAUUUCAUUAUCUCCUCCCUGUCUUAGGGAUUAGGCGAGGCAAAAAUAUGGAACGCCGACCGUCGGGCGGUUUGACGGCGAUGAGGAAGAGAGACGGCGUGAGAGGUGGGACAAGGAUACAGUGGCUCGAACAUGAUAUCCUUUGUACCAUCUUCUCCUUUCUCGACGUCUUCGACCUCGUUCGUUGUACUGCCGUUUGCAAAUCCUGGAAUGCAGUCAUUAAGAAGUCUGAGAUACUGCAAGUAUUGUAUUUCAAGCUGCGGCGAGAUUCUGGUGAGUCUAGACAACGGAAAUCAUUUGAAUUAGGUCUCCAGGAAGUAGCCAUGAAGUAUCAUAGUCUAUGUUUACAACGAGGUCGCCUCGAUAUUCAUCAAUGGAAAGCUCACUCAGUGGGGGUUGACCAGUGCCGGAUGAAGAUGGGCUUACUUCUCACUGGUGUAGGUGACAAGGUGCGCCUUUGGUCUUUGGACAGCUACAAAUGCGAGGAAGAAUAUUACAUUCCUGAUACAGCCCCGCUAGUUGACUUCGCUUUUGACGAGAGCAAGAUUGUUGGCUUGCUUGGUACCCGUGUAGGCAUAUGGAGACGUAAUGGAAAAAGAAGUAUAUUUCCCUCGCAUGAAGGAACAUUCUCAAAAGGUUUAUGUCUGCGGUACAUUGAUCCAGAGGCUGUCAUUGGAUGUGAAGAUGGAACUGCUCGUGUAUUUGACAUGUACAGCCGGACAUGUUCACGAAUUAUCAAAAUGCAUUCGGGCCCUAUAACAUGCUUAGCUUUGAGUGAUGAUCAGUUGAUUGUCAGCGGGAGCUCUCUUGGUAGUGUUUCAAUAUCCAGCCUCUCAUCUGAUCAGCGGGUAGCUACACUGAGGUCAACUGACUCGGCAGGCAUAAGGACCCUGUGUUUCAACCCUAGUUCUCAUUUAGUGUUUUCUGGGACAACAGUUGGAUAUACGUACUGUUGGGACCUUAGGACUAUGAAAUCUUUGUGGGGGACACGUAUAAGUUCAAAUGUUGUGUAUUCCUUGAAUCACUUGCAGAGUGAUAAUUCAACGUUAGUUGUUGGUGGAAUAGAUGGUGUGCUUCGAGUUUUAAAUCAGGACACGGGCAAAGUUCUUUCAAGAUGUGUCAUUGAUGAUGAGAGGCUGAUCAGUUCCUCUAGAAAUAUGCAUGCUUACAUCGAGAAAAAGAAAGGAAUAAGGAUCUCGGAUGAUGCCGAAAUUGACCAGAUACCUAGAACUUGUCGACCUCCCAUAACAUGCUUGGCAGUUGGGAUGAAAAAAGUUGUCACUGCACAUAAUAGCAAGUACAUUAGAAUGUGGAAAUUCAACAUGUAACUGUGAGGUUGCUUUUGUCGGCCAUAAUUGUAUCUCUAUUAUUCCAUCAGGAUCAAGAUAGCCUUCAUUAUAACCAUGCAGUUCCUUUGUGGAAUUUGGGUGGAUCUUC